GGGACCCUCUGGACGACUAUGUCAAUACUCAGGGAGCAUUCCUGCUCAGUUUGUCUCGGAAGCAGGUGGCAGCCAGGAGCGUGGAAGAGUGUGCAGCCAAGUGUGAGGCGGAAACAGCCUUCAUCUGCAGGGCUUUCCAGUAUCACAGCAAAGAGCAGCAGUGUGUGGUGAUGGCUGAGAACAGCAAGACCUCCCCCAUCGCUAGGAUGAGAGACGUGGUUCUAUUCGAGAAGAGAAUCUAUCUCUCCGAGUGCAAGACUGGAAAUGGAAAGAACUACAGGGGGACCACGUCCAAAACAAAAAGUGGUGUCGUCUGUCAAAAAUGGAGUGUCAGCUCUCCGCACGUACCCAAGUAUUCACCUGAAAAGUUUCCUUUAGCGGGACUGGAGGAGAACUACUGCAGGAACCCAGACAACGAUGAGAAGGGACCCUGGUGUUACACCACUGACCCAGAGACCAGAUACGACUACUGCGACAUCCCCGAGUGUGAAGAUGAAUGCAUGCACUGCAGUGGAGAACAUUAUGAGGGCAAAAUUUCCAAGACCAUGUCUGGGAUUGAAUGCCAGUCUUGGGGCUCUCAGAGCCCACAUGCUCACGGAUACCUUCCUUCCAAAUUUCCAAACAAGAAUCUGAAGAUGAAUUACUGCCGUAACCCGGACGGGGAGCCCCGCCCAUGGUGCUUCACCACGGAUCCCAACAAACGCUGGGAAUUCUGUGACAUCCCGAGAUGCACCACACCCCCACCAACUUCCGGGCCAACGUAUCAGUGUCUGAAGGGAAGAGGUGAAAACUACCGAGGGACAGUGUCUGUCACUGCAUCUGGGCACACCUGUCAACGCUGGAGUGCGCAGAGCCCCCACAAGCACAACAGGACCCCCGAAAACUUUCCCUGCAAAAAUCUGGAUGAGAACUACUGCCGUAACCCUGAUGGAGAAACGGCUCCGUGGUGCUAUACAACCGACAGCGAGGUGCGGUGGGAUUACUGCAAGAUACCGUCCUGCGGGUCCUCCACGACAUCCACGGAGCAUCUGGAUGCCCCUGUACCACCCGAGCAAACCCCUGUUGCCCAGGACUGCUACAAAGGCAAUGGGGAGAGUUACCGAGGCACGUCUUCCACAACCAUCACGGGAAGAAAAUGUCAGUCUUGGGUAUCCAUGACGCCACACCGGCAUGAGAAGACCCCAGGAAACUUCCCAAAUGCUGGCUUGACAAUGAACUACUGCAGGAACCCAGACGCUGAUAAAAGCCCUUGGUGCUACACCACCGAUCCAAGAGUGAGAUGGGAGUACUGCAACCUGAAGAAAUGCUCAGAGACAGAAGAGCAGGUCACAAACUUUCCAGCUAUUGUGCAGGUUCCCAGUGUAGAGGAUCUUUCGGAAGACUGCAUGUUCGGGAAUGGGAAAAGGUACCGGGGCAAGAGGGCCACCACGGUGGCUGGCAUCCCCUGCCAGGAGUGGGCUGCCCAGGAGCCCCACAGACACAGCAUCUUCACUCCAGAGACAAAUCCACGGGCAGGUCUGGAGAAAAAUUACUGCCGUAACCCUGACGGCGACGACAACGGUCCCUGGUGCUACACCACAAACCCACAAAAGCUCUUUGACUACUGCGACGUCCCUCAGUGUGUAACCUCUUCAUUUGAUUGCGGGAAGCCCAAGGUGGAGCCAAAGAAGUGUCCUGCGAGGGUGGUAGGUGGAUGCGUGUCCAUCGCACACUCCUGGCCCUGGCAAAUUAGCCUUCGAUCCAGGUACGGACGGCACUUCUGCGGAGGCACUUUAAUAUCCCCGGAGUGGGUGCUGACUGCUAAGCACUGCCUGGAAAAGUCCUCAAGUCCUUCAUCAUACAGGGUCAUUUUGGGUGCACACGAAGAGUACCGCCUUGAAGGUGUUCAGGAAAUAGACGUGUCCAAGCUGUUCAGGGGGCCCUCUCCUGCGGACAUAGCCUUGCUCAAGCUGAGCAGCCCUGCCAUCAUCACUGACAAGGUAAUCCCGGCUUGUCUGCCAGCCCCGAACUAUGUGGUCGCCGACAGGACAGCGUGUUACAUCACUGGCUGGGGAGAAACCAAAGGCACGUACGGCGAAGGCUUCCUCAAGGAAGCCCGGCUGCCCGUGAUUGAGAACAAAGUGUGUAAUCGCCAAGAGUAUCUGAACGGGAGGGUCAGCCCCAACGAGCUGUGUGCGGGGCACCUGGCUGGAGGCACCGACAGCUGCCAGGGUGACAGCGGAGGGCCUCUGGUGUGCUUUGAGAAGGACAAAUACAUUUUACAAGGAGUCACUUCUUGGGGUCUUGGCUGUGCGCUCCCCAAUAAGCCUGGUGUGUAUGUCCGUGUUUCAAGGUUUGUUACUUGGAUUGAGGAAAUAAUGAGAAGUAAUUAAUUCGAUGGGAAACAGCGGGAAGUCUCAAGGGAUCUGGAAGCUGGACCUUGCGCAGGGAAUUCAGCUCAGAAAUAAUUGACACUAAUCUAAAUGAGGCACUGUCCUUAGCUACCAUCUACUGGCACAUUUUUGUGUGUGUGUAUUGUUGUGGAUAACUUUUUCCUGCCCAUGGACUGCUGGAUUCUCUAAUAAUAAGGCAAUGCAGCUAUGACACUUGUUGAAAAUAAACUGUACUUCCUUUAA